UUGUUCCUUCCCCUUGGCCUAUUUACGGAAAUAAAAAGAGAGAGAAGGUUUCAACAAAAGUAUCGUUCUCGUGAGUGAAUAGUAAAGGAGAUAAUGUGGAAUAAGGGAAAUCUGAUCCUCUUAUGGGCUAUGCUCGUUGGAGUAGUCGCCAUGGCCAGGGAACAUCGUCUCUUUGAGCGGACUAAAGGCAUCAAUGGUCUAGAAAAGAUCAUCAUCCGCGAUCGUCAAGGCAGAUCUUUCGAGGUUUACUUAUAUGGAGGUCAAGUGACUUCUUGGAAGAAUGAGAAAGGAGAGGAGUUACUUUUCAUGAGUAGCAAGGCUAUAUUCAAGCCUCCAAAAGCGAUCCGUGGAGGCAUUCCAGUAUUGUUUCCACAAUAUAGUAACACAGGUCCGCUUCCCUCACAUGGAUUUGUUAGAAAUAGGUUUUGGAAAAUUGAGGCUCAUCCUAUUCCUGUACCAUCGUCACAUCAUUCUUCUAGUGCUCUCGUUGACCUCAUCAUAAGAUCAUCCCAAGAUGAUUUGAAGAUCUGGCCUCAUAAGUUUAUAUAUCGACUAAGAGUAGCAUUGGGGCAUAGAGGAGAUUUAACGUUGACAUCGCGUGUUACGAACACUGAUGUAAAACCGUUUAACUUCACAUUUGCUCUUCACCCCUAUUUCUCUGUUUCCGAUAUCAGUCAAAUCCAGGUGGAAGGAUUGCAUGGUUUGAAUUAUCUUGACCAACAAAAGAACAGAACACGUUUCACUGAUCAUGACAAAGCUAUAACUUUUAAUUCCCAGCUUGACAGGCUUUACCUAAACACUCCAAAUAAAAUCAGAAUCGUGGACCACAAGAAAAGGAAGACAAUCGUGGUACACAAGGAAGGACAAAUUGAUGCUGUGGUGUGGAAUCCAUGGGAAAAGAAAGUGUCCGACUUGGGAGUUGAAGAUUACAGGCGGUUUGUUGCUGUGGAAAGCGCUGCUGUCCAUAAACCUAUCAUACUGGAACCUGGAAAAGAAUGGAAAGGAAUACUCCAAGUGUCUGUGGUUCCUUCGAGUUGAAAGCUUGACAUUUAUGCGCUAGUUUUCUGCAAAUAACUUAAUUACUGUUUAACGAUUUCUUUUUGAACAUUGGUAUUUUGUAACACUGUAGUAACUUAAUAGAAGGACCUAUGUUUGAUUCA